UGCCUCUAUCGUUUGUUUUAAAGAGUUUAUCUGCGGAUGAAAAUAUUUUGGAGUUUUUUAUAUUUACAUGCAACAAGUAAAUAAAUAAAUAAUAAAACAAAAAUAAUGUCAAAAUUAAUAUUAAAUGAAGAUCAUAAAAAACAUCUAGAAUUUUUAGCUACACAACCCUCACAAGUUCUUCAAGAUUUUUGUAAACUUUCUACUGAUUUUUUGCAAAAAGGAUAUAACUACAAACUUUAUACAAAUGCUGCUCAAAAACUUGAAGUUGAGCCAGAUAAUAUCAAACAUUCAAUCGAAGGGCUAAUUUAUUUAAUUAUCGAAUCAUGUAAAAAUAAGUUAACUUCUGAUGAUUUUAAAGAACUAGUAAUUUCUCUAGGAUUUACUGAUGACAAAGAAUCAUUGCUAAGUAAUUUAUACACUUCAAAACAAUCAGAAAUAAAAUCAUCUCUAUCAAAUAUUGGUUUCAAAUUACCGGAGUAUCAUAAUAUGGAGUGGAGAUUCGAAACUCAAAUCGCAUCAAGAUCAAUGUUGACGCAAUGCGAACCUUUUGUUACGAUGGACUUUGCCUUGAAAAAUUCUGACGAUUCAAAAAAAUUAAAACACAUCGUCCUCCAGUCAGAUGCCACAAAUUUGCUACACAUCGCCGAGGAACUAGAGGCAGCUUUACUAGAAGGAAGUAGUCAGCAACUUCGUAAGAUUAAACGAUCACUAAAAUAAUAAAUUUUAUUACAAAUAAUUUAUAUAUAUAUUUUUUUUACUUUAAUAUAAUAAAAUAAUAUUGUGUAAUAAAUAAUACCGUAGAAUCUUAUUCAUAUGAAUAAUUUAAACAAUUUAAUGAAAUUAUAUGUAAAUACUGUUAUUGGCAUUUUAAAAAAUUAAAUAUGACAGUUU